GAUUCGAGUCACUCGGACUCCACCACUAUGGCUUAAUAACAUACUAUUAUUAUUUGUAACGUGUAAAAAAUAGUAAGACGAACAUUAUUCCGAAUCCGGCCCAUACAUGACUAGCUCCACCUUAACGUCACAGUCGACGUUACGUAAUGUGGGAAAAAAGUUAAUUUGUAAGUUUUGCGACCUGUCAUUACAUUGCUUAAGACUCUGCAUGCAAGAGAGAAGAUAGAACCUGGUUUUUAGGACAACGCGAUCUCUUUUUGGAGGUAACAAGAAAAGUUUGACAUGAAGGUGUGCAUCAUUGGAGCGGGGGUCAUCGGCCUCUCCACCGCUCAGAGCAUCUACCAGCACUUCCACGGCAGGGUCACCCCUCUCAACAUAGAGGUGUAUGCUGAUAUCUUCACUCCACUCACCACCAGCGACGGGGCAGCUGGACUCUGGCAGCCGUAUCUGUAUGACAAGGGGAACGUGCAAGAAACUAAAUGGAACAAAGAGACAUUUGACUAUCUACUAAGUUUCCUCAGCUCUCCAGAUUCAGUGAAAAUGGGAAUCUUCCUCCAGUCUGGCUAUAACCUGUGCACUGAACCUAUGGCGGACCCCUCAUUUAAAGAUGCCGUGUUGGGCUUUCGCCAGCUGACUAAACGUGAACUAGAUAUGUUUCCAGGAUACAGUUUUGGGUGGUUCAACACUGCUCUCAUGAUUGAAGGAAAGACAUACCUGCCCUGGCUUAUGGACUGGUUAGGACAAAGAAAGAUUAAGUUUUAUCAGAAGAAGAUUGGUUCAUUUCAAGAGUUGGCAGAUAGUGGUGCUGAUGUUAUCAUCAACUGCUCUGGUGUCCGAUCAGGAGACCUACAGCCUGAUCCUGAGCUCAAACCAGGCAGAGGACAGAUCAUUAAGGUAGACGCUCCAUGGUUAAAGCACUGGAUUCUCACGCACGAUUCCUCAUUAGGAGUCUAUAACUCACCAUACAUCAUUCCUGGGAGUCGUUUAGUCACUGUGGGUGGAGUUUUCCAAGUAGGAAACUGGAAUCUGCAGAACAGUUCUGUUGACCAUAAAGGAAUUUGGGAAGCCGCCUGCAAGCUUGAGCCCAGUCUACAGCAUGCACGGAUAGUAGAGGACUGGACUGGUCUCAGGCCCUCACGCAGCAAAGUUAGACUGGAGAGAGAGACCAUACGAUCUGGACCACACAUGCUUGAGGUCAUCCAUAACUAUGGACAUGGAGGUUUUGGACUGACCAUCCAUCGUGGAUGUGCUGAGGAAGCUGCUCGACUCUUCGGACAGAUCCUGGAGCAGAAAGGCUUUCUAGCACACUCUAAAUCACGUCUGUAAUAGAGCUUCUGGACAGUAUUAUCCAUAAUCUCAUCAGACAUGUUUUAAAAAUAUGACUCAUCAUAGCAGAACUGAAUUGUCAACACUUUACCCUGCUAAUGUAUAAUAAAGAAUCAUAUGUAAGCAUGAUUUAAUUAAUGCUUCUAUCUAAUGCUUUUUAAAUUAAGCUUCAUUGUUAUACACAUGUACAUCACCUGUAGUGGCAAGGGCUUUCAGGGUUCCACUCUUGAAAUUUUUUUUUAAGCUCAAAAGAAAUCUGCACAACCUGUGAAUAAACUGAACCUAAGAAUGAA